AUGUUUCUUCAACAAAUUACGCGCAAACAUUUGCUGAUUAUGGCCAGUCUCUGUGUCGUGGUGGCCGUAAUCGUAAUUUGUGUUUACACUACCACAGGAUUUGGCGGUGGGCAGAGUGCCAAAUGGGCGGAUGAUGGAGAUUGCCCGACUGCAGCGGUGGACACCUCCAAUUCAACGCUGAAACUAGUGCACAUCGUGACACGUCACGGCGCACGCACUCCCGUAAAUACCUAUCCUAACGAUCCAUACGUAAAAGAUGGUUUUAAACCCACCGGCUGGGGUCAUGUAACAAAUAAUGGCAAACGCGAACUAUUUGACAUUGGCCUAUGGCUAAACAGGCGUUAUGGCAAAUUUUUGGAACCUUAUUAUUCCCCAGACCGCGUCCAUGCUCAAGCGACUGCUUCACCGCGCGCCAUGAUGUCCUUAGCCACCAUACUCGCUAGCUUUUUUGCACCACAUGAAACGGCCAUGGAUUGGAAUAGCGAUUAUGAUUGGCAGCCAAUACCAAUUUUCUCAGAGCCUUUAGAACAGGAUUCGCUGCUUCUGGUUCGAACACCCUGCCCGCGUUAUUUUGAGGCACGUGGCGAAGUAAAUCAAUUACCGGAGGUGAAAGCAGAGUUAGCGCGCUAUGAAUCACUUUUUAAAAACUUAACUGAAAUAACGGGAAUGCCUAUAAGAAGUGCUGAUGAUAUCAAUUCGCUUUACAUAACUUUGUUAGCGGAGAAAGAAUUCGGCUAUUCUCUACCAACAUGGACGCCAGAUUACUAUCCGGAAAAAAUGCAAUUUUUAGCCGAGCAAAGUUAUGUUUACAAUGCUUAUACAAAGGAAAUGCAGAAAAUAAAGGGUGGUCCAUUCCUCAAGAAGAUGUUUGCUGAAAUGUUGCAAAAGCGUAGCGGCAAACUCAGUCCUAGCGAUCGUAAGCUGUUCAUCUAUACCGGGCAUGAUUGGACCGUGGUGGGCAACAUACUCUCGGCGCUGAAUGUGUGGCAGCGUCAAAUGCCACGAUUUGCGAUUUUAACUAUUUUUGAGUUGCAUCAAAAUCAGCAGACUGGUGAAUACUACGUAGAGAUUUAUUUACGCAAUAACGAAAAGGGUUGCGCCGAGUUGUUGCAUGUACCAAAUUGUGGCACUCAGUGUCCAUUGGAUAAACUAAUUACGUUAAGCGCAGAUGUGAUACCAAAUGAAUCGUAUGAGGAGCGCUGCAAGGCGAAAAAUCCUGAUUUUGAAGAGCCGCCACCGCGCCCAGUUGAGCGGGAUGUGACUAGCACAAACUAAAAUAAAAGUACUGUAUAAAUAUUAGUAUAGAUUAAGUAUGAAAAGUAUUAGUAUUUUUAGAUUAAAGUUAUUAAU